AUGGGGCGGAAGCGUGGUCCCGGGGAAGCUGGGGAGUCUGAUGUGCCUGGCUUGGCACCCUUUCCAGGAGCCUUGGAUCCUGCGGGAUUUCCGUUUCCUGGUUUGCCUGGAGCACCUCCAGUCCCCGGAGCACCUCCUGUGCUUCCAGGCGUACCUCCAGUGCCUGUAGCACCACCAGCAGUAUCACCAGGCCCCCCAGGAGCACCUCCUGCAGGCACAGCUCCUGCUGGCCUGCCUCCUGGACUGGGGGGUCCCACAGUGGUGCCACCGAAAAAUGCUGGUUGGCCGCCUGCGGGUCUGCUUCCACCUGGCCUUGCAAUUCCUGGAUUAGCUGGGCUGCAGAUGCCGCCAGGGGUGCCUGCUCCUCCGCAGCCGGGUCUGCCACCUUGCCUUGGUGGGGCGAAAAUGCCCCCAGCGCCACCAGGGCUCGGCCUAGGCCUGCCUGUGCUACCCGGAAUGGCUCCACCACCGGGCGCUUUGCCGCCUCCGGGCUCCCUCGAUACGGAGGCUCUAGCGCAGCUUAGGUUUCAGCAAGUGGCCUCUGAGUACGAGCAAAUCAAGAGCGCGGGAAUUGAUCCGCAAGUGGCUGAGCUUGCGGAGUAUCAUGGCUUAGAUGAGCGGGUGACGCGCCUGCUCGACGAGGAAAUGAAGAGACGGAAAGACACGUUUGAGUCGGACAUGCAAGCCCUGUGGGUGGGCUUGGAAAGGGCAAAGAACCCUGCAGGAAUGCUAAUGAUGAAGCUCAAAGACAUGAAAGCAGGAACUUUCAAAGGCAUGUCGGCGCUGGACAAGAAGGACCUGGACAUCGUCAUGCCACAAUCCUUUUCACACAUGGCAGCCUUUCCGGCAGGGAUGGCUAAUUAG